AUCUCGUGAUCUUGUAUCCUUUGUGAGUCGUACAGCACGCUCGCACGAUUGGAACAGUUUACGUGCGGAAGUAAGAUUAAUUUUGAAACAUGAAUUGUUGUUGAGUGCGUGAGAGAGUUUGCGGAGUCAAGUUCAAGACGCGCCUGGCGGCGGCAGCCCUUCGACGAUACGACAAAAGCGCCUGGGGGAAGAAGAUCGAGGACUGAGACAGGAGAGAAAGAGAUCAAGCGAGCAAUGACGACGAAGGCAAAACUGUUCCAGGCGGGCUGAGAGCUUUUUUUCGGUGGGUGGAAAAUGCAUACGUCGAACUGAAUUGUGCGCUCGCUCAAGAGAGAAAAAGAGAGAGUAUGGGAUCAAUUGGCCACGGCGCUCGACUGUGAAAGUUAUGAGGCGAAGUUACACACACAGCCGACGCGGAUAAGCCUCACAGGUGAAGCAGCUGCAGCAGUAGCAAUAGCAGCGUCGUCAUGGGCAUCUACGUGGCGGGGGCGGCCGGAUUGGGCGCUCUCUACGCGGCGAUCGUCGGGCUCGGCUUGUGGGCUGCCCUGCACGGCCGCAAGCGCGCCUCGGCCGGCUCCCAGAGCCACAUGAUACUGGCCAAUCGUAGCGUCGGACUUUUUCUCGCCAUUUUCUCGCUCGUCGCAACAUGUGUCGGGGACACUUUGGUGCACGGCACGGCCGACGCGAUGUUCAGCCGAGGAUUGGCCUGGUGCCAAGUGCCCAUCGGCUACGGUCUAAGCCUGCUGUUCGGUGCGCUGCUGUUCGCCAAGCCGAUGCGUAAGGCCGAGUACGUGACGAUGCUCGACCCGUUCCAGCAGCACUAUGGCGCCCGAGUCGGCGGCCUGAUGUUUCUGCCGGCGCUCUGCGGGGACCUCUUCUGGUCGGCAGCCCUGCUGCGGGCGCUGGGCCUGGCCGUGAGCCUCGUGGCCGGCAUCGAGACGACCGUGGGCGUCGGCGUCACCGUUUUGGCCAUUGCGCUGUACACGGCGACGGGCGGCCUGUACUCUCUGCUCUGGACGUCGGCACUGCAGCUGGUCUGUUUGACGGCGGGCCUGGCGCUGGCCGCGCCCUACGCGGCCCUCCAUCCGGCCGUCGCCUUCGAGAAGAGUCUCCUGGCCAAGGACUGGCUCGGCGGCAUACGCGACACCGACGUCGGCGAGUGGCUCGACACCAUGCUGCUGGCCAUCUUCGGCGGAAUACCCUGGCAGAGCUACUUUCAACGUAUACUGAGCAUCAAGUGUCCGCGCUUCGCUCGGACCGUCUCGAUCGCGGCGAUGUUCGGCUGCCUGGCGCUGGCCGUGCCCUCGGCCAUGAUCGGCAUCAUAGCGCGCGACACCAAUUGGCCGCAGGUCGAGCAGGCCCACGGCAACGGCAACAGCAGAAUCGUCGCUUCGGCCGCCUCCUCGCCCGGCUCCUCGAUCUGGCGCAAUUCCAACGGCGGCGGGGACGUGCUGCCGAUGGUGCUGCGCUAUCUGACGCCGCGCUGGGUCGCCUACGCCGGCCUCGGCGCCAUCGCCUGCGGCAUCAUGGCGUCCGCCGACUCGAGCAUAUUCUCCGUCAGCUCGAUGUUCUCGAGGAACGUUUACAAGAUGACGAUGAGGCCCAAGGCUUCAGAAAGAGAGCUGGAUUGGAUCCUGCGCAUUUCCAUAGCGGUAGUUUCUUUUCUUUCCGCCGCAGUUGCUCUUAGUGUUAGCAGUGUUAACUAUUUAGCAUUUUUGUGCGCUGAUUUCGUUUACGUGGUGCUGUUCCCUCAACUCGUGUCGGUGAUCCACUGGCCGAAGCUCGUCGACUCUUACGGCUGUCUGGCCGGUUACGCCGUCGCAGUCGUCGUCAGGAUUUCUGGUGGAGAAAAGAGCCUGGGCAUACCAACGUUCGUCGAGUAUCCGUUCUACGAUCAUCAGACGCACAAGCAAAAGUUCCCGUUUCGCUCCACUGCGAUGCUGGCCUCGGUCUUCGUUCAGCUCACUGUGAGCUUCUUCACGCGCAAUCUCCUCGGCCAGGGCUACCUGCCGGGCUGCUGCGACGUACUGUCGGUUUACGCGCCCAAUGCCAAGAAUCCGGCAAACGGCGUGGCGCCCAGCAGCUCGGGCGCGGCGCUCCUCGAUUGCACCCUCAACGUGAAAAAGAAUAAAAGAGUGACAUGGGACGCCUCACCGGGCCACAUGUCCGACGCGACGACGCUGUCGAGCAGCCGCACCGAUUACGACGCCAGCAGUACCGACACGCAGCUCCAGACGCCCACCACUCCGCAGCAAGUCAGCAUAAUUUACGGCGGCGGCGAUUCUUCGACUCUGGGCAGGAAUCACAACGCGGCGCACAAGGCCAAUCAGGCGCUGCACAAUCUGCGCGAGUCCAUGAGCCCGAAAAUGACGACGGCGACGGUGGCCUCGCGGCCCGGACUGCACCACUCGAACUCGCUGAUGGGUACGCCAACGGCCGGGGGACAGAUAUUGGGGGUGAAGGGUUUGCAGAUGACACCGGCACACAUGGCCGACUGCCCGCAGGCGCCCGUGCCGCCGAGAAUCAUGAGUCCCACCACGCCCAUCUCGUUGCCACCUUAUGCGAAAGCCAUACCGACGACCAUAAUCACGAACGGACGCCUCGAGGGCGAUAAGAACCAGUGCGGCGGCGAUCGCAGCAACAUGGAGCUGAGCCUCAAUCUGACGGACGGCUCGGGCAUCGUCAAGAAGAACAUCAAAGGCGUCAAGCUGAUCGGCAUGGACGGGGGCGGCGGUGGCACCCUGAGGCGGCCCUCGCUCCAGGGCACCUUUUCGCCGACGCCCUCGGUCGAGAUGGUCAACAUAUUCGAUCGUCGACAGAGCAGCGGCUCGUUCGGGCCGAGCUCGCUGUCCCCGAUCCCGGGCGUGGAGGCCUGCAAGACUCACGGCACGGCCAUGGGCAACGGCGGCGCCGGCGGCCACGUGGGCAACGAGCACUGUCGCAUCAAACGCGGCAUCGUCAGGCAUCACAGCUUCAACGACACCGGCGAUCGCAAUCUGACCACGUUGGCCCGUCAGCCGACUUAUCCGUCGAUGCCGCUCAACUCGCUGGUUCGCAAGGGUGGUGGCGGCAACGAUUCGCUACCGCCAACGACGCCGACCAGCCAAACGACGAUGAUGACGACGAUGCAGAGGCGCAACUGCUCGAGCCUGCGGUACUCCUCGUUGGCCGACGAGCACAGCUGUCAGGCGGUGGACGCGGCCGCACGGCUGCACGCCACUCUGCGACGCGACAAUCGCAACUGCAAGUCCAUGAUACAUCACGGCACGAUGGGUCGCUCGCAUCACGCGACCGGCAGCACCGGCAAUUAUCUCGACGACAAGUCGGUCAGUCUGGUGGGCCACCUGCUGGUCAGCCCGACCUACGGCAUGUACAACUCGGCGGUCAAGACGGGCUCCUACGACUACUUCGUCGGCAACGACGAGGCGGUCAGUCGAUUUUGAGCCGCGUGUCCGCUCCACGGCACGCCGGCUCGUCGACGCUUGCCACCCAUCGAUCGUUCGUUCUAUUGACAGAUUUAUUUGUACGAUGUAGUACAUCUUUCAAUCGCCCGGGCAAAUGCAAUAUAUCUCGUACAUACUCGGACUCUCGUAUUAUGAAAACAAGUUUUUCUUUUACUUCGUUGUUGUUUGAUAUAUGAUAUUAUAUAUCGUCGUGUACUUAAAUGUAUUUACUGUAUAGAGUUUGUAGUAUUGAGCUUGAAUCUGGCCCCUUACGUGCAAUAAAUAUAAUAUAAUAUAUUGUAGUGUCGUGUAUGAGAUAUACGCGUCAAUGGAUGUAAGCUCGCGAAUGAGUCGAUUGAAUAUAAUUAUUAUACAUAUAAUAUGUGUACAUUUUUAGGGUACGGCUGAGAUAUAACACGUGCGCUAUAUACGCAAAACGUCGAGAAGAAUUUCUGCAAUACCAGUGCCUGUGCAUUAAAUACUCAAAAUGUCUGCUUUUGAUUACCCCCCCCCCACAAAAGUAUAACGCACACUAUUUUGACUCGUAAAACUCGAGAGUCCCCCGCUUUUUGCCACGUGUCCGAUAAUUCAUUUUAAUAAUCUUCCACAAAAAAAUAAACAAACAAACGACAAAGAGUGAGAAAAAUAAGCGUGAAAUUAUCUCGAGCAACAGAAAUAUAUAUAUUAUGAUAUGCGUAUGCGAACACGCGUGACCCGCGUCUAAUAAUGUAAUAACGAUAUUAUAAAUGCAUGAAACAGAAACGUCCACAAAAUGUGCAAAUUCACAAUUAAAUCGGAAACUCGAAGAAUUAAAUGAUAUUUUUGCACCCGAUGACUACACACUGUAUGUAGGUAAUACAUGAAUAUGUAUUUCUCGUGUAUCACACUUAUUAUACAAUAAUAUCCAUAAUUAUCAUGUACAUGUAAAGCUAUAUAAAUGCGUCGAAAUGGGAAUGUUUAAUGAAUGAAAGAAAAUAAUGAUAAAUUAGCCAUUCAAAUUACGUGAGCGAUUCUAUAAACAUGUAAAGCUUUCGAAUGAGUGCAGUAUGUGAGCUGCGUGAAUUAUUGCAAACAAUAUAUUAUGCAGUAAUCGAUUCGCAUAAUAUACUUAUACCAGUAAUGCAUUUCAAAGGGAAUCGUGCGUAUUGCUGCGUUCCUUCUGCAUUUUUCGAUGUAGUCUAUGGGUUUUUCGAUCACUUUCGACUUUUUGACUCGUACAUUAUGUGUAUAACAAUAGAGACUUUUAAAUGCACGGAAUUCCUCGUUUUUUUGCAGACACAAAUAAUAAUAAUAAUGGAAAUGAA